CAAUGCUGUUCAGUUGUCUCAUCACCGUUCUCGAAUGUAGAGUGUGUUGUCACAAUAAUUUGUGCUGAAGCAACGAAAUUUUGCAAAUAAAAAAACAAAAGAAUUCGUUAUUUUUGGCAAAAAGUGAUUGUUUUUUUUCUUUUGACUUUUUUUUUGGUUUGUUAUCGUAUCCAAUUAGAAAUAAAUACCUAGUUUAAAAGGGAAGAAAGAAAUUCUAAUUGCGGUGCUGAUUCUUAGCGGAAUCGCACUCAGCAAAAUGAUCGAAUUUCAAACAAUUCUCUUCACGUUCAUUGCAAUUCUUUUGGGAAUAUUCAUUUUAACCGGAAGUCGAUGGAGGUUCUUCUAUAUUCUUUACAGGACCUUGCCAAGGGAUCUAUUAGGAGCCUUUCGAUUUCUUAAAAUCAACGCACUUCUUUGGGUGUGGGAAACUAGAAGACUGACAGUUGCCAGAAUUUUUACUGAGCUCGCCAAUGAGCAUCCAGAAAAAAUUGCAUACAUUUUUGAGGAUAAAGAAUGGACCUAUCAAGAGUUGGAGGAUUUCAGCAACCGGAUAGGUCGUUUCUUUCGACCCAAAAGAGGGAUGAAAGGUGACAGCAUUGCACUGGUGAUGGAAGGACGAGUUGAAUAUAUUGGCACUUGGUUAGGCUUAAGUAAAGCCGGCUAUGUUACAGCCCUUGUGAAUUCAAAUCUUCGGGGCGAUGUUCUCAUUCACAGUAUUAAAGCCGCUGAAUGUAAAGCCAUUAUUUACGGAUCCGAACUAAAAGACGCAAUUAGUGAAAUUAGAGAUAAACUUCCCGAUCUGAAACUAUACCAAUGGUCUGAAAGUUCUGAUUCUCCACUAUUGGAAGGAGUUGUUGAUCUAAAUGCAGCUUUGGAUAACACUGAACCUGAGCCUCUUAAAGUUGAUCUUGAAUUAUCCGGUCCGAAAGAUAAAUUAAUCUAUAUCUACACAUCGGGUACUACCGGCAUGCCCAAGGCUGCUGUUGUUAAUAAUCUGAGGUAUAUGUUAAUGACAUGUGGCGUUUACUCCAUGUUGGGGCUUCGAUCGACAGACAGAAUUUAUGACUCUCUACCCCUUUAUCACACAGCUGGUGGAGUUGUUGGGGCAGGUCAGGCUCUUUUGAGAGGAAUUACUGUCGUUCUUCGCAGACGUUUCAGUGCCUCCAAAUUUUGGUCUGAUUGCGCACAUUACGAAUGCACAGUUGGACAAUAUAUAGGGGAGAUUUGCCGCUAUCUGAUGACAGUGCCACCAAGUGCGUACGAUACGUCCCAUAAGGUUAGAUUGCUAUUUGGAAAUGGUCUCAGGCCUCAAAUUUGGGAGCCGUUCGUUAAACGAUUUCAAAUUAAGCAAAUCGGAGAGUUUUAUGGAGCCACAGAGGGCAAUUCUAAUUUAGUAAACAUUGACAACAGAGUCGGGGCUGUGGGCUUCGUGCCAAAAUAUGCAAGUGCCUUGUACCCUGUAGCUUUAUUGAGGGUAAAUGAGGAAACUGGAGAGCUAAUUAGAGGUCCCAAUGGUUUCUGUAUCCCCUGCAAACCCGGUGAACCCGGUGUUUUUGUCGGAAAAAUCAAUCCCAACAAGGCAGUCAAUGAUUUUAGUGGAUAUGCUGAUAAGAAGGCCUCUGAGAAAAAAAUAAUACGAGACGUUUUUAAAAAAGGCGAUAGAGUCUUCAAUUCCGGUGACAUUCUCGUAAUGGAUGAAUUGGGAUACUUCUACUUUAAAGAUAGAACCGGUGAUACCUUUAGAUGGCGAGGUGAAAAUGUAUCAACAGCAGAAAUUGAGGCAGUAAUUAGUAAUGUAAUUAAUUUAAAAGAUGCUGUUGUCUAUGGAGUCGAGGUCCCUGGAAAUGAGGGCAAAGCUGGCAUGGCAGCGAUUUACGAUCCAGACAAGUCGUUGAACCUAAACAAUCUAGCUGAAGGUGUACAAAAGUCGUUACCAAAGUAUGCUAGACCACUAUUUGUCCGAGUUCUUGCUCAAUUACCAAUGACUGGUACUUUUAAACUAAAGAAGAAGGAGCUUCAACAAGAUGGUUUUAAUGUAAAAAAUUUACAAGAUCCAAUUUAUUUUCUGCAAUCGUCGGGUACCUAUGUGAGGCUUAGUGAAAGUUUAUAUGACGAUAUACUUUCCGAAAAAGUCCGUUUGUAAUUUUCGUUAGCAUUGAAGGACUGAGAUGUUUUUGCGUAACAAA